AUUGUAUUAAAAACCAGAUAGAGGAACAUAUCCGAAACCACCCUGCGGGACUCCCCAGCUACUUACUAUAGCAUCGUGAGCGGAGUUCGCCCGCAAGUCAUUCCGCAACUAGCCCCCCUAUCUAUACUACUUUAUACCAUAGUCCCCUUAUUAGUCCAUCUAGGCUCGUAUCCUAUUUUGCCGGAUGUGCCAUAAUAAAUAAUGUUACGUAGCCGCCAAAAGUAACUUGAAGACAGAUGAGAAUAUGCCACGGAGAAUAUAAAUAUUUUUUUUUAAUUCCCAAUAACUUAAGUUGAGAUAUUUCUUAGACGUAUAAACCAUUUAGCAGCAGACAUACCUACCUAUACGACUAAUAGUAUUACGAUGGCGCCCUCGUCGUUCAAACUUAACACAGGCCAGGAGAUCCCCGCUGUUGGAUUCGGAACAUGGCAAGCAGGACCGGGUGACGUCGCCAAAGCCGUCGAGCUCGCGCUAAAACACGGAUACAAGUUAAUCGACGCUGCUUACUGCUAUGCGAACGAGGAAGAGGUCGGGCAGGGUCUAAAGGCGGCCUUCGACGCUGGCUAUGCCAAGCGCGAGGACAUCUUCGUCAUGACCAAGGUGUGGAACACGUACAGCAGCCGCGUCGAGCUAGGCCUAGACAAGUCUCUCAAGGCGCUUGGCCUCGAUUACGUCGACCUGUUCCUCGUGCACUGGGCCGUCGGCAUGAACCCUAACGGCAACGACGACCGCUUCCCCAAGCUGCCCGACGGCAGCCGUGAUAUUCUCUGGGACCACGACCAUAUCGCGACCUGGAAGCAGAUGGAAGGUCUGCUCAAGACUGGCAAGACCAAGAGUAUUGGUGUCUGCAACUACAGCAAGCCCUACCUAGAGCAGCUGCUCGCGAAGGCUGAAGUCGUGCCCGCUAUCAACCAGAUCGAAAACCACCCGGCUUUGCCUCAACAGGAGGUUGUCGACUUCUGCAAGGAGAAGGGCAUCCACAUUGUGGCAUACAGUCCCUUAGGUAGCACAGGUGGCCCGCUGCUGCAGAGCGAGGCUGUGGCCAAGGUCGCCCAGAAGAAGGGUAUCAGCGCAGGAACUGUACUGCUGAGCUACCACGUCGCCAGGGGUGCCACCGUACUAGCUAAAUCGGUGACUGAGUCGCGCAUCAAGGCUAACCUCGAGAUUGUCGACCUUGAUUCCGAAGACUUGAAGAUUCUGAACGAUUACUCGGACAGCCUUGUCAAGGAGGGCAAGGUCCUGCGUUACGUGUAUCCUCCCUUUGGAAUCAACUUCGGGUUCCCGGAUAAGAAAGAGGGUAGGAGUCUACCGAAUGGGUUUGCGGGGUGAAGGUCAAGGUGAAUAGUAGAUGGCGUUGUUUGCCAUUUUGAUGGAUGCGCGGACUGCUAUUAGUCUUGUGUUAUGGCUGUGCAACGUAAAGGGGGGCGAUAGUCAGACUAUUACUGUUAGACUACUUAGCUUGAGAUAUGCAUGCUCAUAGGGAAGUGAGUUCUUAGUGGCGCAUUAUAGAUAGUUGAUUAAAUAUUCUUCACGCCCAUCGAUCUCUAUUUGCAAUGUUCAUUAGCAGGCUUCCUUCCUUAGGGGCAGCUAGGCAGUAAUGAAAUAAGGCAACAUUAGACACUGAAAAGAUAACAUCUUAAUAGAGUAUAUUCUCACGUCCCUCAUAACUUUCAACUUGAGAACUUCAUAUAAUAGCACCCAUUAAUAGUGACGAGGUUUAUCUUGCACGCCUGAAGAAUUUGGAAUCCUAACUGUCUUUCUGCCAAACUACCCCCUAGGUACGCUUGUUCAACCCUACUCCGUCUGGUAUCGACAUAC